AUCAGCAUGAAACUGCAGCACCCUUCCGGCAUUAUUCGGGGCAGUGCAUCCGUGUUUUGAUUUGGCACAAACUUGACGAUAAAAAAUCUCGAAAAAGUUUUGCGUACGGUAGGAGGCAGCAUCUAUUAGGAUAUAUCAAACGUCGCUCAUAUCUGUUGUGCUAUCAACGCAUAGAACGGCAUCAAAGCAUAGACGUGAAAUAGAAAAAUAAUGGUUGGCUUUGGAGAGCAUCUGAAAGCAAAUAUUGCGUCCGAAUUCGGAGCCGAUGCGUACCUGAAUUACAAGGAACUCGAUGAACUUAUUCAACAGCUCUCGGCUACGGCCCCCAGCGGGUAAGUGGUUCUGUUGUAUUUCGUUCGAUUUUUCGUGUCGUUAGGAUGACAUGUGCUGAGCCAUGUGCUUGUGCAUAUCAUAUGCUUCGUCUUGUCGCUAAUUAUGAAUCAUGAUCCAACCAGAUGCUUUAUUCAAAAGAUCAUCACUCCAAUCCAUUCAAUUCGAGAUAAACUCCUAUUUCGAGACCGUACUGUAUCCAAAAAGCAACAUUCGAUUCUAAUUUUUCUUCAUUGUUUAUUUCCAUGAAUGCGAAACAACAAUCCAUAAAUAGUCCGGAUUUGCAAAACCGUCAAGUUUCCAUGACGGUCCCCCCACAAACAGAUGCACGCGGAUUGGCAGUGCACAGCAAUGGCGUCACCGAAGAAGAAUUUCUUCGGAGAAUGGACGAGGAACUGGCUAAGGUUGAAAAGUUUACGCUGAAACAGGUCGAUUCCCUACGAAAAAAGAUCGAGGCGGUCGAAAAUAGCAACACGCCAGGCAUGAACGCGGCCGACGAGAUCGCCAAUUAUUUCUUACAGCUCGAAAAGUACGUCAACAUUAAUUUUAUGGGGUUUCACAAGAUCCUCAAGAAACACGACAAGAAUCUCCCCAAUGUACCAUGCAAGGCCUUUUACGUCUCGCGAAUGCACGCCCAGGCAUGGGUGCGGGGGGAUUACUCGGAUCUGGUGGUCCGUCUCUCCCACAUUUAUGCGAGCCUCCGUGACGAUCACGUGGUCGACGAAAAUAAUGACCAGCAAUCCUUCUUGCGACAGACCACCAAAUAUUGGGUCAAGACAGAAGAUGUUUCCCGCGUGAAAUACUACAUUCUUCGCCACCUGCCCGUUUUUUUGCAGAAGACAUCAACCGGUGAGUCCGACUCGCAGUUCACCAACUCGGUCUACUUGGACAACGAUCAGCUCGAAUUAUACCACGGCCGUCUCGAAAAGUCACCGGGUGCAAUUGCUCUACGAUUGCGGUGGUAUGGAAACGGGAACCCCAAGCUGGUCUUUGUGGAACGAAAGACCCACAAUGACAAAUGGACCGGAGAAGUAUCAGUGAAGGAGCGAUUUACCGUAGACGAAUCGGAGGUGCACCAAGUGAUGACCAACACCUAUCCGAUCGAAGAAAAAAGGAAAGAGAUGCUGGCGAAGGGCAAAUCUGAAAAAGAGUGCGACGAGUGGGAAACCCUUGUGCGAGAAAUCACCCAGGUGUUUGUCAGUAAGCAACUGGUCCCGACCUGUCGAACCCAGUGCAUGCGAACUGCCUUCCAGAUCCCAUUCGAUGCCACAGUUCGAAUUUCCCUGGACACUAACCUGUGCAUGAUUUCCGAGCGCGGCUACGAGCUGAACGGAAUGAAGACAUGGCACCGCAACCCUGACUGGAUCCUACAGCCCAACGAGAUUACACGCUUCCCGCACGCCGUGCUCGAAAUCAAGCUGGAACUCAAGGGCGGAAAUCUGACGCCCCCGAAAUGGGUUCGUGAUUUGCAGAACUCUGGUUUGAUUUAUGAAUGCCAUAAAUAUUCAAAGUAUUGCCACGGAACGGCAGUCUUGCUUCCGGAGGACGUGCGAGCCGUCCCAUACUGGGUCGACGAUGUUACCCUUCGGGAAUCGAUUAUUGCCAGCGGCGGCGGCAGAAUCCUCAUGGAACCGGGAGAAGAAGCGGCUCCGGGCGCAAACGCCAUAUACGAUCACUUGCUGCCCUUUGGCGACCAAGAAAAGGACCGAAGCCAGACCGCCGUUGGCCGGACCCACGCCAGUACUGCCGCCUCGAAGGGGAUCACAGGAGAAAACUACACAAAGAGCAACAUACAAACCGGCUUUGACACCAACUAUAGCGAGGAAGACCCAUUUCUGGACGAUGACGACGACGAUGACGGUGCUUGUGGGUGGUGCUUUCCCUUUUGCAGUAGGUACAACGAGUACGCUGAGCAAGUGGUGGCACCUACCUCCAUUCAGAAGGUCGAACCAAAAUUAUUCUUUGCCAACGAACGUACCUUUUUGCACUGGCUCCAUUAUGCUGUUGUGUUGAGCAGCAUCGGCUCGGCUGUUAUAAGCUUGUCGGACGACUCGGUCGACGACUGGCGCCAGUCAUAUGCCUUGGCAUUGUUGCCCAUUUCCCUGGCCUUCAUUAUUUAUGCCCUCCACGUUUUCUUGUGGCGCCAAGACCAGAUCAAACAACGAAUCCCGGCCCGAUGGGACGAUCCAAUGGGUCCUAUCUUGUUGGGAUCCACCGUGGUAUUGGUAUUGGUUAUUCAGUUUUUCAGCCAUCUCUACGAAAUUGCGAAGGCAGGCAUUGAAGAGGGGCAAAUUUAGAACAUUGGAGAAAGACAAAUUGAAUCCAAGUGAACUGGCACACAAAAGUGUCAACAUAUCUAUUCUUGAGCAAUGUCACUGUCAGGAAUGUACAUAAAGCUACAAUUACAAU